UGAUAAUCUUCUUGAACGUACGUCACAAUGAGUGAAUUCAAUUCAAUGCAAUCCUCCUCUUCCGGAACUCCAUCUGAGAACACUGGAACAAGCAGCCUUAGUAGCAGUGUAGGAUCAGCGGCGCAAGAUCUGAAAGUUGGAGAUUCGUCCGGUGUGUCCCCGAUCGACAUGGAAUGCAACAUCCAAACAGAACGCAUCACAAAGUGUCUGGACAAGCUGGUGUACCAGACUAAACUAGCCCUCUGCAUUCCUGCCUUGAUGCGCGACAAAAUCUUGACCAAUAUUUUACCUGCCACAGAUUUACAGGAAGUUGUGUUCAUCUUUUAUCAGUACGAUGAUUCUUUUUCUAACAGUUGUAUGAAUAUGAAUGCUAUUGAAGAUGUACAAGCGGGAGACAUGUCAUUGAAGCACCGUGUGAACUCUGACUUAAGUUACUUGUUGUGUACUCUGUGUAGCUAUCCAGCACUGAAGCCUCACGUGGAAAGACUUGUAGAAAAAAUGAAAAGAGAUACUUUAUGCAGCGGAGACCAGAGUAUAAAUCCCUCGGCCGGUUUAAAUCAUCUGCUAAAGUUGGAGGAGUUCCGUGACCUGAUGGUGCGGAGAAUGAAAACUACGGCGGCCGAAGAAAUCUCAGCUGUAAUACGCACCAAGAAGCUUGAAAAAAGCAACAUCGAGUGUCUAAAUAAAAUCGCAGAGGAUAAAAAGUGCCUACAUGAAGAAAAACUUGAGCACGAAGAGCAAACACGAAGCAAAACGGAACUGAAAGCUCGGCUCAAACGGGAGCUACAAGAACUCCAGCGAAAAUCUUCCAUUGGGAGGAAAAAACAGAUCCUGGAUUCAGAACGUCAAAUGGUACUGGCUACGCGAGCCCACAAGGUCAAGUACGAAAUACUCAAAGAGGAACAGGCCGAAAGCAAAGAGUUAUACAACAACUCACUCACUAUCAAUAUGACGGCUGAAAAACGACUACGAGAUCGCAGAAGGAAAGUUGAAACGCAGUUGCUGUCGUGGGUGCAGAAAUAUGACUUAGAAAUGACGGCCAAGCAGGAAGAGCUGGACGGGAUCACUCAGCAGUAUGAAGAUGAGGUUAAGAAAUGCAACGAAUUGAAGCUCAAGUUAGAGAAACAGAACGAAGAGUUCUUCCCGCUAAUGGAGGAGAAAGAAGGUGAAUACCAUCAAGAGAUGACCGCCAAGUUGGACAAAUUCAUCGUCGAGCACGCGGCGAGGGUCAUACAGACCGCGUGGCGGGAUACUCUGCAGAACCGAGCAGAGAAGAGAAGGUUAAUAAAGUUAAAGCAUAAAAUGGAAGCGGAGAGGCAAGCAGCGGCUAGAAAAGCAGAAAUUGAAGCCAAGCAGCAAGAGUUGCUAGAGAAAAAGCAAAGAGCACAAGAGAAAGCUGAAGCUAAAGCAGCACUUAAAGCUGCUGCCUCUCUCGAACCUAAACCUAAUAAAGAUAAAGAAGAAGAAGAAGAUUAAGAAGGACAGAAACAAGCUGAAGCGAAUGCAGUAGCCAAAGCUACCAAACUAGAAGCUAAAUCUGCCAAAGUAGAAGCUAAAGCUAACAAAGAUAAACAAGGAUAGGUAGAUUGAGAACAGAAACAAAAUCAAGCAGAACAAUAGAGUGGGCAUAGUUGCAUAUUUCCCGGGUUGGUUGUGACUUGUGAGCAUACACAAUGAAGAUUAUCAAUUGGGUUCUAUUGACAUUGUAUUUUAUUUCCAUAUUAAAUAUAUUAAGAACGGGUCACUCACGAAUAUAUUUAAUAUGUCUAUGUCUCACGGAAGUUUUGUUAUUAAAAUUAUUUUAUUUUCCUUUUAGAAACAAAUAUUUGUAGUAUUUUUGAGGAUUAUCUACCUACCUUUGUAUUAUUUAUUU